AAUAUGCUCUUCAAAAUUGACAGGAGUAUUCUGUAACAACUGGAUACAGUCAUUUAAUUGUGGUGUGCGUUGAGCAUCGGUUUUCUGUUAUGAGAAGGGGGCAUUCAAAAUACUGCAAAGUAAUCGAGUUGCCCCUUGGUGGUUUCGUUCCUAAUGAUGAGCGCAAUUAAUAGGAAGUAAUGAAUUCGUAGUAUUAUUUUUGAAAAUGUGGUCUAUGGGAUUUGACACGUAAUCUGCUCUCCGAUAGGAACGAGACCACUAGGGGCGUACGUUUUCACAUUACCUCGCUAUGGCUCCUUUAAGAACCUCGUAAAAUCUGAUUGGACGACAUCAUUCUUGUGACCUUUGACCCAAACUACAUGGCAAUAUGGCGGCGCCCGUGAGAAUCCUCACCGCCUGCCGCAGCGGGAUUUUGAAUGUAAAUGUAACUCUUUUCUCGCUUCUCUCGCGGAAAUGUUCGGUUUUAUCACAAGCAGACGUUCAGAGGGUAAACUCAUCCAAAUGGGUUCGGCGGAAAUUCAUCGAGUUUUUCAAAGAACAGCACGGUCACCGGGUUGUGCCGUCUUCGCCUGUUCGACCGAGAGGAGACCCAAGUUUGCUGUUUGUGAACGCUGGCAUGAACCAGUUCAAGCCCAUUCUGUUGGGUGCGGCGGACCCUCGCAGUGAGAUGGCAUCUUACCGGCGCGUGGUGAACAGUCAGAAGUGCGUGCGCGCCGGAGGUAAACAUAACGACCUGGAGGACGUGGGCAAAGAUGUCUACCACCACACCUUCUUCGAGAUGCUGGGGAACUGGUCCUUCGGGGACUACUUCAAGGAGGAGGCGUGCGGUAUGGCGUGGCGUCUCCUCACGCAGGAGUAUGGGAUCCCGCCGGAGCGCCUCUAUGUCUCGUACUUCGGCGGCGACGCAGCCUCUGGCCUCCCGGCGGACGAGGAGACGCGGGAGAUUUGGAGGAGCCUCGGUGUGCGUGGGGAGCGCGUCCUGCCCUUCAGCAUGUCUGAUAACUUCUGGGAGAUGGGGGAGGCGGGCCCCUGUGGCCCCUGCACUGAGAUCCACUACGACCACGUGGGCGGCAGGGAGGCGGCGGCGCUGGUCAACGCAGACAGCCCAGAGAUGGUGGAGAUCUGGAACCUGGUGUUCAUGCAGUACAACAGGGAGGCUGAUGGGAGUCUGCGUCCUCUCCCCCAGCAGAGUGUGGACACGGGGAUGGGUCUGGAGAGGCUGGUGACCGUCCUCCAGGGCCAGCAGUCCAACUACCACACCGACCUGUUCACACCCAUACUCACCGCUAUACACCAGUGCUCCAGGGUGCCAGCGUAUAGAGGCUGUACCGGAGAGGUGGAUGCUGGGAAGGUGGACAUGGCGUACCGCGUGGUGGCGGACCACGUGAGGACUCUGUCCGUCUGCAUCGCUGAUGGCAUCUACCCCGGCAUGACGGGGGCAGAGCUGGUGUUGAGGCGGAUCCUGAGGCGUGCCGUGCGCUACUUGACUGAGGUGUGUGUGUGUGUGUGUGUGUGUGUGUGUGUGUGUGUGUGUGUGUGUGUGUUAUCAGGCUGGUGUUGAGGCGCAUCCUGAGGCGUGCCGUGCGCUACUUGACUGAGGUGUGUGUGUGUGUGUGUGUGUGUGUGUGUGUGUGUGUGUGUGUGUGUGUGUGUGUAUUAUCAGGCUGGUGUUGAGGCGCAUCCUGAGGCGUGCCGUGCGCUACUUAACUGAGGUGUGUGUGU